AUGGCAGGAAAACAGGAAAAGCCGUCAGCACCAAAGACGAUUGUCUUCCUGCACCCCGACCUUGGCAUCGGCGGCGCGGAGCGGCUCGUCGUCGAUGCCGCUGUCGGCUUGCAGAAGCAAGGGCACAAAGUUGUCAUAUUCACGAGCCAUUGCGAUCCAAAGCACUGCUUUGAUGAGGCGAGAGACGGCACCCUCGACGUCCGCGUGCGUGGCGACAGCAUCGUUCCUCCUUCCAUACUUGCCCGCUUCAGCAUCCUCUGCGCGAUCCUCCGACAACUUCACCUCAUUAUCCAGAUCUACCUCUCGUCCGAGCUUCGAUCGAUACACCCCGAUGCCUACUUCGUGGAUCAGCUGAGUGCUGGAUUGCCGCUGCUCCGCUGGCUGCACCCCGAGGGUCGGAUCUUCUUCUAUUGUCAUUUUCCGGAUCUUCUGCUGGCCAAAGGCCGACAGAAAUGGUGGAAGCGAGCCUAUCGCGUGCCGUUCGACAUAUGGGAGCAAUGGAGCAUGAGCUUCGCCGAUGCAAUCGCCGUCAACUCCGACUUCACCAAGAGCGUCGUGGCCAAGACGUGGCCAGAUCUCGCACGGCGCAAGGACCUCAUCACAGUCUAUCCAUGCGUUGAUACCUCCCCGAAAACGAAGAGCCAGGCCUCAAACGACGACAAUGCGGACAAGCCUCUAUGGAACGGCAAGAAAUUCGUCUUGUCUAUCAACCGUUUCGAGCGAAAGAAGGACAUUGAGCUGGCGAUCAAGGCGUUCGCGAGAUUGGACGAGAACCAGCGAAAGGACGUCCGGCUCGUGCUAGCAGGAGGCUACGAUAAUCGCGUUGUUGAGAACGUAGAAUAUCACAAAGAAUUGGCACAAUUGGCAGAGUCUCUCGGCCUGAGCAGCAUGACGGCCAAGACCCUGCCCACAGCUAUGCAGGUGCCCGACGACGUGCAGGUUCUCUUCCUGCAGUCCGUCCCGAACCUGCUGAAAGAGAUACUGCUUGCUUCUGCUCGCUUGCUCGUCUACACGCCUUCUAAUGAACACUUUGGCAUCGUCCCUCUCGAGGCUAUGCUGGCUGGAGUACCCGUGCUCGCAGCCAACACCGGUGGGCCAAGGGAAACUGUGGUGGAUGGGAAGACGGGCUGGCUCCGUUCUCCAGAUCGCCCUGACGAGUGGGCAGACGUCAUGGACCAGGUGUUGAACCGCAUGUCCACCAAAGAGACGGAGCACAUGUCCAGAGCUGGGAUUGACAGGGUCAAGCAGAAUUUUGGUGAGCUGCAGAUGUCGCAGCGUCUUGAUCACAUCUUCACCGACAUGGCGGACAAACCUAGGUCUUCGGCACGGCCAUUGACGUUUGCUGUCCUGGUGGUGGCAGCUGUGGCCGGUGCUGUGGUGGCAGCCGUUGGACUGGCCAUGCUACGAACACGUGAGAACGGCGAGGACGAAGCUGUCGUCUGGGCGGAAGCAUGA